CAUACUCUUACUUCUGCAUCAACGACUCAACUCCACAAAUACGUUGUACUAACAUCUCGGCAAGUUACGUGCGAGAGUUUCAGCGGAGCGGAACACCGAAUACCGAACACCGUCGUUCUUCUUGACGCCCACCCGGUCCAGCCUAUCUCUUCUUGCUCCACUUGUGCCUACACACCGACCCCUCGGAUCAGGGCACCGAGGCUCGAAACGUUGUCCUAGGAACUCAAGGGCACGAUCCUAGCCAUGCAAGCGUAGGUCUUCGUAGCCCAUUUCCGGUUGGUCAAAAGGUGUUUCGCCACGGACUAGUACACUGAUGCCAAUGCGUAGGUGCGAUCAAUGUCACGAGAGAAAGGUGCGAUGCGACAAAACUGUCCCAUGUCGACGAUGCAGCCUAAGUGGAUCGGAAUGUCGUUACACAAAUCGGACGAAAGCCCGUACCUAUAGCCAGGUCCAUGUAGACACUCUUGAGCGCAGGAUCAAGCGCUUAGAAGCCCAGAACAGAAGUCUGGUGCAGCACAAUAGGACUGACCCAGUAUCUUGCACAGGCCAGAACACUCCUAUCAUUGUUCAGGAUAAUCUUCCUACAAACGAGAGUAGCAGUCCGCAACACCGUCUGUCAACCGACGUCGCCGGAGAAGUAUCAUACCUGUCGAUUAAUGCGUCCGGAGAAAGGAACUACCUGGGAUCCUCAAGCGGAGUUCUUUUAGCGAACUUCAUCAGAGCCAAUGUGAACAUCGAAACUUCGACGCGAUCGAUAACGCCAGUUGGUGAUGACGAAGCUACAGACUCAACGGCUUUGGCUGCAGAGCUUGCUUGCGACCUACCAUCUGAACAGAUAGCAAGACGACUUGUAUUAUCCUAUCUCAACCAUGACCACUUACGCUACCCCGUAGUUCUCCCUGCCACACUCUUGUCGAUACUUUCGGAAACAUACAGCACAAACGGAGCUCUCUACACGCGGACCACAAGCGAAGCUUUCAUCUUCGAUAUAGUGCUUGCUAUCGCCACGGCUAGUAUCUGUCGGUCUGACUGGCAAGGGCUGCCAAGUGCGCAUAGUCAUUACACGCGGGCGAUGAAGCGGGGAUCGACAAUCUUGGAGAAGGGGGGACUUGCUGCUCUCCAGGCAAUCAUCCUGUUGAUUCAAUACCGCAUGAGCAGUUCCAUGCAAGACACCUCAGCCAGCAUGUGGCAUUUGGUGGGAGUAGGGAGCAGAAUUGCUCUCGAGCUCGGCCUUCACUGUGAAACUGCAUAUCCGUACAAACGCUCCGAUGACUCUAUAGGAAACGUAGAACCGAGUGCCGACCAUGUCCAGCAAGAAGUCUCCCGGCUUUGCUUCUGGAGCAUCGUGGCCAUGGACAGAAUAGUAAGCAACAUAUUAGGUAGGCCUCUCGCCAUUCGCGACGACGACAUAGACACGGCGCUUCCGUCGGAUCUAUGCGACAAGAUCCUGCUUUCUGGUGUCGAGACACCUAUGGCCGAACAUCUGGUCGCAUGCCGCCGCGUUUCGAUCUUCGUUCAGAUCAUCAAGUAUCGCCUACUGUGCGGUGACAUUAUCGAGACUCUGCACAAUCAAGGUCGAAAGAAUCUUCCAGACGAUGAACUCCGCCACAGCAGAGAUCAAUUUGCAGCCGACCUCAAGACUUGGCGCUUGAACGUUGAAAGAGUCGUUCCUCCAAGCUCUGUGAAUGACAUGACGCCUUCGUCUUGCUUUACAUCACCUACUUGGUUCGAGAUGAUAUAUCAUAACGCUGUGCUAAUGCUUCAUCGGCCAUCCCCUAAACUGGACACAUCAAGAGACCCAGUUGCUGUACAAGCAAUCUUUACCUCCUCUCAGGCUUCCAUAUCCUCAUAUGCAAGUCUCCAUCGUAUGGGGAUCUUGAACCACAGCUGGCUUACACUACAAGCUUUAUUCAUGGCGGGAUUGUCAUAUGUGUACGCUGUAACGAUGCACUGCCAGGCCAAUCGUAGACAACUAGGCGGGCUGCUGAACAAAAAUCCGAGCACCAUGGAAGUGAUCAGUGACACACGUACGUGCUCAAAUAUCCUCGUAGCGGUUUCGGAGAGAUGGAAGUCGUUGCAACGCUGCGUCGACAUCUUCAAUAGAUUGAGCGAUGCUAUUCUGAUCGACGUUAUCAAAUUCAGCACAACCCCCAUCAACGCUACUCAUUUGCCGACCAACGAUUCGGGAAAUCGUGACGAACAGUACAGGGAUAGGUCCGAGUUGGCGGCAGAAACAAACUCAAACGAUUUGGUUCAGCACCCUCAAUGGAACCACGCAUCAUAUCUCCAGCCUAUGGGGACUGAUCGAGUGGUAUCUAGCCUAUCGCCAUUGGCUAUCGAGAAUGAGUUCAGAGGCUCAGCGUUCGAUCUGCAACAAAUGUAUGAUCAGCAGCAAGUCGAUAUGUCUGUGUAUCGAUUCUCUCAGGCUUGGUUCGACAGCUUCGACUUCUAUGGUGGUAUUGGGCCGCAGCUCAAUGACAUCACGAUGGGUACACAUCUUUGAUGUUGGCCUGUUUUCACUGUUGCGGAGGCUGCAUUCAAGUUCAUGUACUCCCCAUUCUAUAUGCAACCCCGUUGGAGAAAGCUCGUUGGAACGUCUACAACCUUGCUGCGCAAGUAUUCCCCGAUACCUU